AUCCUCUUUAAAUCUAUUGGUUCACAGUUGAACAUGUUUCCACAUGAAUAUAAUGAAAAAUUUUCCUGAGGAUUAAUUAUCUUAAAGUUAAUUUAUCAAGUGAAAGAAAAACAAUAUAAAUAUUACGCAUAAAUAACAUUUCGAAAAUACACUUUGUAACACACAACAAGAUUACGUUUUUUCCAUAAAGGAAGUAUAACCAGUGUGUGUGUGUGAGUGUGUAACUUUCCAAUACAAAUUAGAAGUUAUCCGUCUCUGUGAUUACCUCUUAUUUUACACACAGAAACAAGGAAUUAAAUGACAGGUACAGAGAAAAUGAUGCAUAGAUCAUUAUUCUCUAUGAUGCUUUUCCUCUUUCUGCAGAAUACCUUGAUUACGGGAAAUCCUGUUCAGGCAUUGUUCAAGCGUUCUUGGGUAUAUUCAGACACAUAUAAUUGUGAAAAGGUCUAUAGCUGUUUCAACACGAAAACAUGUCAUGAAAGAUACAAUUCAGCGGAUUAUUUCUGUGCAAAUAUAUAUCCAUGUGGAUCAUCGUGUGCACCAAAUGGAUAUCGUGGUAUUUUGCGGCCCUACGAACUUCUAAAAGAGUAGAGGACUACAUACACACAUGAACAAUGGAAACCAAAACUCAAAAAAGAGAGACAGAUUUGAAAAUAAAACCCAAAUAUAACUUUCUUCAUAAUGUAUACAAUGAUGAUUAUUUUAACAAAUAAAAGUAAUGCAGCAUAUCA